GACAUUGACAUAUAUAAUCUUUAUCGCUUUCUAGCCUAAAAACAUAUUUUCAUGAAAUUAACAAAAUAUUUACGAAAUUAUGAACGCGAGACACAUUAUUCGCACGAUUUACCGCAAUUUCAGUAAUUUACAUACAAUUAAUCAACGCAUAUUGCCUUGGAACCGGUCCUUUAUAAGUGUUUUAUGUAAUAACUACUCAACCAAAGUUGAUGCCCAGGUUCUUGAGAAAAAACAUUGCAAUGUAGGUACUAUUGGGCAUGUGGAUCACGGGAAGACUACUCUAACUGCUGCUAUCACUAAAGUAUUAGCUGACGAUGGUCUGUCUAGGUUUACUUCGUUUGAUGAAAUCGACAAAGCACCAGAGGAAAAGGCUAGGGGUAUAACCAUAAACGCAGCUCAUGUUGGAUACAGCACAAAACACCGUCAUUAUGCGCACACAGACUGCCCGGGCCAUGCUGACUAUGUACGGAACAUGAUAUCUGGAGCUUCACAGAUGGAUGCUGCAAUACUGGUGGUUGCGGCGAAUGAUGGGCCGAUGCCUCAGACAAGAGAACACUUAUUGCUAGCUAAACAAGUGGGCAUAAAGUACAUAUUGGUGUUCAUUAAUAAGGCUGAUGCUGUUGACAAUGAGCUCAUGGAAUUAGUGGAAAUAGAAAUGAGAGAACUUAUGACAGAUUUCGGCUAUGACGGCAACACAGUGCCAAUGAUAUGCGGGUCGGCAUUGAAGGCUUUGAAUGGAGAUCAAUCAGAAUAUGGUACACAAUCAAUAAGGAAACUUCUAGACACAAUGGACGCAUAUAUCCCACCUAUAGUCAGAGACAUACAAUCUCCUUUCCUAAUGCCCAUAGAUAACGCCUUCACAGUCCCCGGGAGGGGAACAGUGGUAGUUGGGACCAUAAAGAGAGGGAUCAUGAAGAGGAAUGACGAAGCUAACCUAGUGGGCUUCGGAUAUAAUAUCAAAACCACACUGUCUGAUAUUCAGAUAUUUAAGAAGAGCGUUUCAGAGGCUUUGGCCGGCGACAACGUGGGCGUGCUUUUGCGAGGAAUGAAGAUAAAAUCAGUCGAGACUGGCAUGUUGUUAUGCGCAUCAAAGAGUGUCGUAUUGAGCAACCAUUACAAAGCGAAAAUAUACUUCUUGACGAGAAGCGAAGGGGGACGCAAGAAGCCUAUCUUUUCGAAAUAUUCACAGCAAAUAUUCAGUGGCACUUGGAAUAUCGCUUGCAGAAUUGAUUUAGAUCCAUCAAUGCAAAUGAUGAUGCCCGGUGACCACGGAGAAGUUUUUCUAACACUUCUAGAAAGCAUGGUGAUGACGCAAGGCCAGCCAUUCACGAUCCGGGAGAACAACGUGACGGUGGCCACAGGAAUAGUGACGGAAACGUUGCAGUCCAUUGACGUGCCCAAAGGAAAGUUGGGGAAGGUCGUCAUGAAAUAUGCGUAAUUUGUAAUGUAGAUAUGUUAAUAAAUUAUUUUAAUUGUA